UGUACUGUGUGUGUGCUGUGUUCCCGCGCGGAUCCGCUCGCGCUCUGCUCACCGAUUCAUCCCAAAAUAACCUGGAAACACCGAGAAUACCUGGCGGCGCGUGCGUUCUGAUUCUCACUGCGUUCUGAUUCAUCCCGGACCGAGAGAGUGCGAUGCUUCAGAUACGGAUUCUCAUCUGCACCGUGCUGCUGCUUCCACAUGCAGCCUCACUGCAGGUGGAGAUCACACCAGCCUAUGGAGAAAUCAGCGUUGGAGAAUCCAAGUUCUUUUCUUGUAACGUGAUUGGUGAUGUUACGGGUAUAGAAUGGUUCACCCCUAAUGGAGAUAAGGUGCAGGAAAACAGACAGGACGUCACUGUGAGCAAUAACGACAACUCCGAGUCCACGCUUAUCAUCUACAGUGCCACCGUGGACAACGCUGGCAUCUACAAGUGCGUUGCCAGAUAUAAGGACAAGGAGGCCCAAGCCACGGUCAACAUAAACAUCUACCAAAAGCUGACCUUCGUGAAUGCCCCGUCACCUCAGGAGUUCAACGAGGGCGAUGAUGCCGACAUCGUGUGUGACAUCGUCAGCUCUCCACCACCCACAGUCAACUGGAAAUACAACAACAUAAAGAUUCAGCCUGAGAAAGACGUGCGCUUCGAGGUGCCCGGCAACAACCACCUCCAGAUCCACGGCAUCAAAAAGACUGAUGAGGGCAACUACACCUGCGAGGGGCGCAUCAUGGCACGGGGAGAGAUCGCCCUUCGGAUCAUCAAGGUCGUCGUCAACGUUCUGCCCAGUAUCAGAACCCGUCACACUGAGCUCAAUGCCACCGCAGACAUCGGGCAGGCCGUGACACUGGCGUGCUACGCGGACGGUUUCCCAGAGCCGACGGUCACGUGGUUGCGGAAUAACGUCGUGCUGAUGGCCGAUGAGAAAUACAGCCUGAACGACGAUGGCUCCGAGCUGACGAUUAAAGACGUGACGAAGGUGGAUGAGGAAGAUUAUACCUGUAUUGCAAGAAAUAAAGCCGGAGAAAAGCAGAAGGAGAUCAGCCUAAAGGUGUUCGUGCAACCCAAAAUCACGUUCCUGGAAAACAGGACGGCGUCCGAGCUGGAGGAGCAGGCGGUCCUGACCUGCGAGGCUACAGGCGACCCCACACCCAGCAUCGUGUGGAGCUUCGGACGGCGCGUCUUCAGCGAAGGAGAGCAGGCUUCAUGGACUCGACCCGAGAAACACAAGAGUUUGGACAGUAACGUGGUGGUGCGCAGCGAUGCCCGGAUCUCCUCACUGACUCUGAAGCAUGUGCAGUUCACGUACGCCGGCCAGUACCUCUGCACCGCACGCAACCCCAUCGGACAGGAUAUUCAGAGCAUGUACCUGGAAGUACGCUACGCUCCUAAGAUCCAGGGUACAGUGUCCGUCUUCACCUGGGAGGGGAAUGCCGCCAACCUCUCGUGCGAGGUACUGGCCCACCCGUCAGCUUCGGUUGUGUGGACCCGCGAGGGCCAGCAGCUGCCUGCGCUCAACGCGACAAACGUUAAGAUCUACAACACCCCCAUCGCCAGCUAUCUGGAGGUCACCCCUGAAUCCCAGAGUGACUUCGGUGCCUACAACUGCUCAGCCACCAACGCCAUCGGUUCAGAUUCCAAGGAGUUUGUUCUGAUCCCAGCAGACGUGCCAUCAGCUCCCGUUAUCGAUCGCGUGGUCCCUUACCCCAGCACAGCCAUGGUGGAGUUCGAUGAGCCAGAGGCCAACGGAGGAGUUCCUGUUCUCAAGUACAAGGUCGAAUGGAGGAGGGAGAACCAGGACUGGACGAGCAAAGUGUACGAAGCAGAAGAGGGUCAGACCUACAUCACCAUCGUGGGGCUCAAACCGGAGACCAAAUACGAGGUCAGGAUGUCCGCUAUCAACGGCAAGGGUGAAGGAGAAAGCUGUGCCACAGAGAGCUUCCAGACACAACCUGUCAGGGAACCAAAUCCUCCUAAACUGGAAGCCAGACAGGAGUCCAUAGGCAACAAGCUGAGGAUCAACUGGAUCAAGCAGGAUGACGGUGGUUCACCAAUCAAACAGUAUCUGGUGCGCUUUAGACCUAAACACCGCUCGGACUGGAUGCAGGAGAUGAGCCUCCCUAAUGGCAGCGAGUUUGUGGUGCUGAGAGGUUUGGAGUGGAACACAGAGUACGAGGUUCACGUGGUGGCAGAAAACCAGCAGGGCCGCUCGCAGCCAGGCGUCCUUUCCUUCAGGACCUCAGAAGAGCCCACCGUCACCCCAGACUUAGUGGCCAGUGAUUCAGGGCUGGGGACAGGUGCCAUCGUGGGCAUACUCCUUGUGGUCUUCAUCCUUCUGCUCAUUUGUGUGGACGUAACCUGCUACUGCCUCAACAAGUGCGGUCUGCUGAUGUGCAUUGCUGUAAAUUUUUGCGGAAAAGCCGGACCUGCCACCAAAGCCAAGGACAUCGAAGAGGGCAAGGCAGCUUUCUCGAAGGACGAGUCGAAAGAGCCCAUAGUCGAGGUGAGAACAGAGGAGGAGUGCACGUCCAACCAUGAGGGAGGAGCACCAACUGAACCCAAUGAGACCACGCCGCUCACCGACCCUGAGCAUGCUGCAGACACCACCGCCACGGUGGUGGAUUUGCUCCCCUCACUAACCACUAACUCAGAGCAAGUCACUGACAGUCCUGCUAGCAAAAGCACUACCCUUAACUCCAGCACCACCCCCGGGCUCGAACCCAAUGCCCCUAAAGCCAGCACGACCUCUCCUACCUCCACACCUGCCGACACCCCUCUGGUAGACCUGAGCGAUGGGCUUUCCUCCAAGGUUUCUCAGCCCUCAGGAACCCCGAAUUCGGUCCCCCCGUCGUCUAAUCCCAAAGCCCCUGCAGCCAAAAAUACAACAGAUGGAGUUCAGAAUCCAGCCGUACAGGUAGACGGAAAAACCCUCGCGUCAGACGCUGAUCAGGUCAAGAACGCCGUCGACUCCAACUCAACCAGUGCACCGGUCAACCGGGACAAUGGGAAGAUCGUUGAAGACGGGAAGAUUAAAGCACCUGAGACGGAGGUGAAAACGCCCGUGGCCGAGGUGAAAGCAGUCCCAAACGAAGCACCGCAGACAAACAGCAACGAGAGCAAAGCAUGAUGGGCCGACAUCACCAGCCUGCGUUCACCAUCGCCACACAACACAAACAUGUUAAUGAAAAGGGUUCCUUUCUUCAGCGUCUUUUAUGAGUUUGCAGAACAGAAGUUUGUAGAUAUGUAGAGCGGCUAAAGAACUCGUACAUGCCUUUGUUUUUUAUUCUGUUUCUUCGUUCACACACAACACACCAGGUUUCUUUACCAUUAACACACUCUAUGCGACCGUGGAACAGAGCAGGGCUACAGUAGUUAGUAAUGGGUGGAAAUAAAACAGUAGCUUUACUUUUAAACAUCCUGUACGUCGUGCACACAUGUAGACCAUGUUUUUGUUUGUAUUUGUUUUGUAUCUAUGAUUUUUGAGUUAUGUACUGUUGUAUUACAUGCAGUA